AUAAUAAACCGGUCAACAAGGACCAAAACAACAACAUUCGACAUUCAAGGCAAAGAAAUUUGUUCUCAAAAUAGAUUCAAGUUUGAAAUUAUCAUAUUGUUAAAUAUAUCAUGAAAGCAAUAAUUCAACGAGUAACAACAGCCAAAGUAACUGUUGGUGAAGAACUAGUCAGCUCAAUCGGAAAGGGUCUUUGCGUGUUGGUUGGAAUCUCAAGCGACGACAAUGCCAACGAUGUCGACUGGCUAGCGAAAAAACUGCUCAACAUCCGCCUAUUCGAGGACCCCGCCGGAAAAAGGUGGUCCCAGAGUGUGCUCGAUCAACAGCUGGAAAUCCUCUGCGUUAGCCAGUUCACCCUGUACAACAAGAUGAAGGGUAACAAGCCGGAUUUCAGCAGGGCGAUGCAGGGACCGGAUGCCCAAAGUUUAUAUCAAACACUGCUCCAGAAAUUGGGGUCCCAGUAUCGUCCGGAUAUGAUUAAGGACGGUCGGUUUGGCGCGAUGAUGCAGGUUCACAUCCAAAACGAUGGUCCGGUUACUAUUGAGCUGGAGUCACCGGUUCAGAGCCAGCAGGAUCUGGAUAAACUGAAGCGGGCCAACGAACAUAAGGCGAAAAGUAAACAGGGACAGGGAGAAAGCCCCUUAAGUUAGGCUGUGACUUAGUUUUUGGAUUUCGGAUGAACAAAAAUCCCUGAGCCGGAACGCUUAUUAAAUUAAAAUUUAUUAUUACAAAUGAAAAAAAAGAAGUGUUUGU